AUGCCGCUUCCCAACACUCGUCCCGACUUCGAUAUCGAUGCACGCCCUCACAUAUUUCGUUCUUCCACCGAAUGGGCUUCAUUUUGGCAUGGUCUAGCACCUUGGUUUGAGCGUCGUGGCUACGCACUUCAUACUCCUGGGUCGAAAACUUCCAUCGGGCUUUCUGACGGAUUCACGGUUCCCGUACGCGAUACGUGUCAGCAGCAGCAUCCACCUUUUGCCUAUACGAAUGCGUCUGCCGGACCAGGAUUUAUAUAUGACUCACAUCCACGCGAACGCAUUUCUACAAUACCCCAACAAAGUCGUUCUGCGUAUCGUUCUCAGACAAAGUCCCUUGUCUCUGUUCAGGUCCCGCCAUACGUCGCAACAAGCAAUACAGGACGAGUGUAUGCCGCGCAAGACUCUCUUGGUCGGCAUGUCUACAUAAAGAUCUUGAAAAAGGAUUCAGAGCAGCUUCGAGUCGUUGAAUUGUUGCGACGACAGAAAGAAACGCCGGGGGUCUUGCCGAUUGUAGAUGUGCUGGAAUACGACGAAGAAUAUGCGUUUCUAGUGAUGCCAAGAUGGGCAGAUAUUCCUGGACCCAGUAAUCUUUUGCGGUCGGUAAAGGACGUGGGUGAAUUCGUCGUAGAUAUUUUGAAAGUGAGUGCCUAUACAGCUCUCCGGUGUCCGGGUCUCGAUACGUUGCAUUCACUGCGCAUCGCGCAUCGAGACAUCAAAAUGAACAAUAUGGUCAUGAAUCAUCUCUUCCCGCUCCCUGUCAGAGCGCUGCGGCCUCUAAAGCACCUCGAUAUUCAUUCCAGUCCAGAGUUUGCCAUCAUCGAUUUUGAUUUCUCUAUGAUAAUACCAGGAAAUAAAAACGGCAAGGAUAGACUACCUUCAACGUUGGCAUGGAUGCAAGAAUACAGCGCGUUGGACGUUUCGCAAGGGGAGUUGGUAUAUGAUCCAUUUAAAUACGAUGUAGGUGUGCUGGGCGUGAUGUUUUGUGAAAUGCUGCAGAAAUUUACGCCUAUGAUACCACAUCUCGCUCCUUUGCUCGAUCGUAUGACGACGCACGAGUUGGCCAAACGAUUUACUGCGCGUCAGGCUCAUGCUUUUGCGGAGACGUAUCUCCUCCGUGAACUUAAUGAAAAACAGCUUCAACAGUGCCUUACUGUCUCGUCACAUCAAUUGCCCUCCUUCCUCAACUCAUUUGACCACACGCGUCUGUUGAAUAGUCCCUGGAAGUCUUAUGAUCGCUGGGCGAACCUCCCUCCGUCGUUUUUCCUGGAAUUUCCUCAGUGGUCAGAGUAUGUGACUCCAGCGCUACCAAGGUGGAAGUUGUGGCUGAGAAGAAUAUGUGAGACUGAAGAAGGGCGAAGCCGAGUGAGGAAAUUACGGAAGGCCUUAGUAGCUGUGGGAAUUGGAGAAGGGUGGGUGCGACAUCGAUGA